AUGAGUGAAAGUGAAGUCAUAUACUACUUGCCCAGUAUCGAAUCCAACAAGAAGAAGCUUCAGCAUAUCCACGAUGUGAUGUCGUUGGCCUUGGGGGUAGGUGCUGGGGUGCUAACCUUGGAAUCAUUAUACGGUUUUUUAUUCUAUGUGGUUGGGUUAAGCAUAUCCAAUGCUGCCUUUUUCGUAAUAUGCUGUCGGAGUGAACCAUCUAGGUUUUUCGGUAGCCCUUUGCAAGAUAUUUUCAUUUCGAGUUUGGUUGGAAAUGUUGCGGGAUACGUCAUGAUGUGGUGUAUGGUUUAUGCUCUAGUUAAAUAG